AUGGAAUAUAUCAAGAUUGCUAAAGUGGACAAUGUUCUCCUACAUCGAAAAGGCAUUAUAGUCCCUGGAACAUUACAUCUAACUACACAUCAUUUGAUAUUCACUUCUGGCGGUCUCUCGAAAGAAUUUUGGUUCUCAUAUCCAACUAUUCAAUCUGUUUUCAAAAAUGUGGGUAGCGCUUUAAUAUCUAAAUUGGAUAAGAAUGGUAACCUCCCUCAAGAUAACCAAAAUUCUGAAACUAUUAUGAAAUCUUACAAGGAUAAAGAUUUAUGGUCAUUCACUAACAUCAAAAUUAUAGGUAAAGAUUAUACCAUUUUUUCACUGGAUUUUAUUAAUGAAAUGGAAGCCAAAGACGUUUAUGAUUCUCUUUUAAAACUAACCGUUUUAGAUGAAGUUUCUCAAUUGUAUGCAUUUAUCUAUCUAUCAACAAAUGCUGAGUCUUCAUAUAACAGUUGGGAUAUUUACAAUGUUGAAGCGGAAUUCAAAAGACAAGGUUUAGAAUUGGGAUCAGAGCAAAGUCCAUGGAGGAUAUCGACUAUAAAUGAAGACUACAAAUUCUCACCCACAUACCCCAGUCAUCUGGUGGUACCGUCUCAAAUUUCAGAUACUUUACUAAGACAUACGGCUAAAUUUAGAUCCCAGGAUCGUAUACCAGCAUUGACGUACUAUUAUGCCAAGACUAAAUGUUGCAUCGCUAGAUCUGCACAACCUCUGCCAGGUAUUACUAAACAGAGAUCUGUCCAAGAUGAAAGGUUAGUGUCUGAAAUUUUCAGAUCUUCACUUCAUCCGUUAUUACGUGAAAAAAACAUUAUUGUUGACGCAAGACCAACCGCAAAUGCAAUGGCUCAAGUGGCUCUUGGUGGUGGUACCGAAAAUCUCGAAUAUUAUAAUUUCAACAAGACUUGUUCACGAAUGUUCCUGGGGAUAGAUAAUAUCCAUGUUAUGUCAGAUAGUAUGAAUCAUCUGGUGGAUAAUUUUCUGAUCGAUGGUGAUUUAAACCUGCCGAUUGAUAAGGCAAGUCUCAACUCUAGUAAAGCUAGUUCCUGGAUUAAGCAUGUUAAAUUGUUGCUGUCAUCAACAGAAACUUUGGUCAAAUCGAUCAUUUUCAACAGAUCGAGUAUCUUGAUCCAUUGUUCGGAUGGAUGGGAUAGAACCUCUCAAGUAUGUUCCCUCAUACAACUAUGUUUGGAUCCCUAUUAUAGAACCAUAGAUGGGUUCAUGGUACUUAUAGAGAAGGAUUGGCUUUCCUUCGGUCACAGAUUUCAGGAAAGGUCUGGAAUUUUGAGCUCAGAGAGUGCAUUCCACGAUAAUACAAUGGGGUUCCCAGGGUUUUCAAAUGGAUUUUCUCAGACUAGCCCAGAUCUCAAUUCUACUUCCCUGUUUGGUAAAGAUGGUAAUGAAUUAUCGGAGAUGGAAGGUAUGUCAGGCAGCGUUUUAAACUCUGAUUUAAUGAAUAAGGUUUCAGGACAUUUUAAGAGGAAGAAGAAUAAACGUACUUUGAAAUUUGCAUCCCCAAUUUUCCAGCAAUUUCUCGAUUGUGUCUACCAAUUGCUAAUACAAAAUCCGACCUUCUUCGAAUUCAAUGAAAGGUUUCUUCGAAGAUUGGUUUAUCACCUUCAUUCCUGCCAAUACGGUACUUUUCUCUACAACAACGAGAAAGAACGUGUAGAGAAUGGCGUAAUGUCAAAGACUAAAAGCGUUUGGGACUAUUUCAAAUCUCGUAAGGCAGAAUUUAUGAAUAGAGAUUACAUUCCGACCCCGUAUACACAGUCAGUGGAUGAUGAUGAUGUUGAUUGGAUACUUCCAGAUCUCAAUAAAGUUCAAUGGUGGUGGCAGUUAUAUGGGAGGAAAAAUAUCGAAAUGAAUGGACCUGUGGAAGUUGCAGAUAAACAUCAAGACCAUAAUGAUGAUAAUAACACCGCUAAUGGUGUAUCUUACAAGGAGUUUUUUAAAGGAAUGGGUAUUAAAUUUCCCGUAUUUGGGUUAGAGUUAUUCGGGAAGAAAUGA